GAUAGGCUCUUCUGUUGAUAGAGCGGAAAAGCCAAGGAGUAGAGGAGGAAGAUGAGCCUAGUUUAUUAUCAUUAGUUGCCGUUUUACUAUUGUCGUUGUUGACAAUUUAGUCGAGUACGAAUUUAAUUGGCGAUACGGUAUUGUCAGAGGUCUUUCGAUUAGACGACAUGUUGCCGCUAUAAAGAGUGCUCUCCGUUGUCUUUCUCAUAUGAUUGGUACACAGACUGUUGAUCAAACAAAACACAUCAUCAUUGUAAUAAUACCAGUAUCAUCUCGGCUAGACAGUAUACAUUAGUGCACUUUAAGAAGAAUUUUUACGCUAUUAUUAUUUAGCACGUCUGUUUUGCACCAUACAUUGAGUAAAUAUUUUAUCAAAAUUUGUAAAUUUUAUAAACACUUGUACGUUUCAUAACCAACGCGCUAAGGUAUGGAAUAUUUUUAUAUUCACUCUUGUUGUCCGGUUUUCUGGGUUUGUCUCUGAAAUGUCAACUUAUAUUUUUACAUAAUUUUACUUGUGAUAAUAAUCAUGAUAAUUUGCAAUAGAAAAAAAAUUGUAAAAUCGCUAUCAAGUAUAAUGACUAACCAGUUUCGGUUUCGCCGUCAUCGCGAUCGCACGUGCGUAGCUGGUCAAGGUUAAAUUAACAUAGUGAUUUUUUGUUAAAAAUACAAUGGAAAAAAAACUGGAUGAUCUCAUAAAAACUGUCACAGCUGUCAAAAGAUCAAAUGGAAAAAUCAUUUCUUCGAUAAAUUCUCGUAUGGAAAAAUUCAACCGACUAGACAAGAGAUUCGAUGAUUUGUUCAAAAACUUCUCUGUUGUAAUGGAAGAAAAUAGAAAUCUUAAAUUGAAAAUUGUAAAUAUCGAAGAACGACUAUUAUCUGUGGAAAACAAUAAACGUUCUUCAUCCGAACACGAUGCUAUGGAAGAGCUGAUGGACAGACAAGUAAGAUCGAAUAAUAUUAUUUUAUUUAAUCUACCCGAAAAUGAUAAUGAAAGUGACUUGGAAAAUAUUGAACAUAUUCUUACCGAUUUGAACGAGAAUAUUGAACACUUUACAUUUGCACGUCUUGGAAGAAUAAAAUCAACUGAUAGACCACGACCCGUGAAAAUUCGUCUUGCACACCAGUCGGAUGUGUUCACUAUUCUUCGAGCACAAAAACGCUUAAAGAAAUCAACGAAAUGGUCGAAUAUUCAUUUUUCUUCGGACAAACCGACCAAGCGGCGUGGUGAAACGGCCAAUCUCAGAAAAACACUGCAAGAUCGCAGAGAAAAAGGAAUAUCCUCUGGCAGGACACCUUGUGGCUACACAACGUCAACGAUCCGAAGUCCUUACAACAAUAAACUAACUGUCCAACGAGAUCAGCUGGUGCCCACAAGCAACCGAAGGGAUGUCAAUCUGAAUGACACACAACAGCUGCAAGUGAGAGAUACCAACCCCGGUCCUAACCCUGCCACACAGCCGAAGGAACCGACACCAACUGCCCAAGACCAACUCCUGGACAUACCCAAAGCACCGCAAAAAGGUCAAGGUUUCGGAGGCUUUAUGGACGAAAGCUUUGUAAAAGAUACCGAAGAAGACACAUCCAAGGCGGUGAACUUGUACCAGAAUAAAAAACUUUUGUCGCAAGGCAUGAUGGACGUAGCUCUGUUUUCGGCCAACGCAAACCAAUUGAGAUACGUGAUCGAAUCCGGCGGCGGCGUGUUGAGCUGUAUUUGCAUAGGUCUUCUAUUAGCCAGUAUUUCCCUUCAGAUUCUGGUCGGUAUAGCACUUCAUUUGAGCGUCAGAUACAACGUAACGAACUGCGAACAGCGGAAAUUAGCAUUCAGAUUUGGCAAUUAUGUCAUUGUGGGCAUAUUUCUAAUAACAGCCCUUAACGUUUUCAUAACAGCAUUUGGAGGACCUUCGCCGGCGGCACCCGUUGUGCCAAUUAUGGGCAGAAUGGGCGAUUCAUUGGAAACCGUUGUCGCAUCAACAACCGUUCAACCGGGCGAAUUACCAAAAUAAACGUGUAAACCAGUUUAAUUCGUCUUUAAAAUAGAUUUUUUAAAAUUAA